UCAUACUUUUUAAAUAAAAGGAAACGUUUUCAUUUUUUUACAUUUUUUCGUUUUUGAAUAACAAUCGACGUCAUCACAAAGCGACGGUUUCUGAACGGGCGCAUUGUAAACAGCCAGCGAUUGCAGCUCUAAUAUCAGUUUCAACGAUAAAUAAACAGGUUGUUUACAUUUUAAAUCACACUUAGCGGAAGUUUUUCAGCAGCUUCCGGUCUUAAUCUCGGACUUAACACAGAAACAUCCAUCCAUGGUCUCAACGCGGAGCUGUUAUUGUACCCGCUUUCCGCUCACUUGAAGCGGCCUCGUAAGAAGCGAUGGAGGGGCUGCCUCAGCUUCCACCCGAAGUUUGGGUCUACGUGUUCAGCUACCUGAGCACGGAGGAGAAGCACACGGUCCGCGCGUGCACCAGGCACCUGAAGAGGCUGGCGGAUCACCCGGCCCUGUGGAGGGACUACACGGUGGUGCUGUCCGACCUUCGCCGCUACACCUACGGCUUCUGGGACACCCUGAACUACCGCAGGCUCACCCGCGUGGCGGUGCGACACCUGCGGCGCAAAGAGUGGCGGCGGCUCGUCAAGUUCCUGCCGUCGCUCACCGCCGUGGUGUUCGUGGACGGAGGUCGGACCUACAAGCAGAAAUACCUGGACAACCUGUCCCGGUUCCCGGACUUAAAGGACCUCGGUGUGCGCAACGCCACCUGGGACGAGCCGAUACUCGGGUGGAGCUUGACCGCGCAGCUGCACGAGCGGCUCACUCACCUGAGCGCGUGCAACGUGCGGCUGCCGUGCACGGUGGACUUCAUCGACGCCGUGUCGCAACUGGUCAACCUGCGGUACCUGCUGUUCCACCAGCAGGGGGAGGGCUACGGGUUAGACACCGUGAGGCCGGUGCCCUGCAACGUCUUCCACAACCUGCUGCUGAGCCUGAAGAAGCUCAAGCACCUGUCCUGGGGCAUGAGGGGGGAGCCGCCGGAGCCGCUGCCCGACGACUACCUCAGUCCACCGGACCCGGAGCAUCCAGGAGCGGCCCGGUAUGGCGGCCCGGCGCUGACCAGCCUGGAGCUGGUUGAUUACCCAGAAACCAUCCUGCCCCAGAACGCGCUGAGGAGCCUGACCUCGCUGAGGUCUCUGACGGUCCGCUACAGGUACAUCAGAGAGGGCAUCGAGUGCCGCCUCACGUCCUGGCUGAGUCCGCUCCAACAGCUGGAGACCCUCACCAUCAUCGGCGGUAACUCUCUCGCCGUCUACACGACCACCAUCCCGUCCAGUGUGACCAGGCUGACGCUGCGCGUGGCCAUAACCCUGAAGGACAUGGACUCCAUCGCACCGAAGGUCCCGGCGCUGGAGCACCUGGACAUCGAGCAGAACCGCUCCAGCGGCAGCCUCUGCAGACGGAUCCCCAUGCUGUUCCCUCAGCUCAGGACGCUCAGGAUACGGUUUUUCCGCAGAGAGCCGGAGAAGGACCUGCUGAGCCUCCACCGGCUGCGUCACCUGGUGCAGCUGGAGCUGCUAGUGGAGCGCUCCUUCAUCCUGAGGGACUACCUCAACGGGCACCCCUGGCCCAGCCCCUGCGUCCAGGAGCUCAUCAACCAGCUCAGAGAGCUGUCGGAGAACCGGAUCACCGUCAUCACCACGAUGCGCCAGAGGAACCCGCUGCGAGAGUGCGACUGUGUGUGGGAGGGCGACUGACGUAGGGGGGAGGGGAGGGGGAGUCGAUUUUUAUUCCUCCUGAAGAAGAAGACGAAGAAGACGACAGAGCCGGUAUCAAGAGAAACAUUAGUGACGCGUACUGAAGGUCUUCAGACUUUAACAUCAUGGAUCAUAUUCACGCUUACAGAUCCUUUACAUUCACAGCCCACAAAUUUAUAGUUAAUGAAUAAAAAUGCUGUUUUCAGACACUUUGGUUGUCUGAGUUCUGCGUUUCUUUUAUUUAUUUCACUCCACUUAAGUAGCUGAGAGAGAUGUUUUGUCACACGGUUAGUUUCUCAGUAAAUGGAGCCGAAUUGAGCUUUUUAUUCUUUUUGCUUUGUUUUUUACUCUCUUUCUCAUGAAUUUGAUGUCUGUUACAGUCUGACUAGUUACAAACACAAGAAAGACAUCAGCAGCAGCUUUAGAGAGGUUUAGUGCAGCAGCUGGACGAGUGAUUGUUCAGUUGAUUCUUUUAUAUUAUUCAGUUAUUAGUUAGUUAAAGGCCUGAAGGUGAGACGGUGACGUUGGAUGACUGUACGCUGAAGUAAAAUUAAAUCGUGUAAAACAUGUUUACAAACACAAUGAUUUUCAAUUAAAAGAGAACAAUUUAUCAUUUCA